AUGUCGUUUGAGAAGAAAGUGGUGAGUGGACAGCCAUGUUUAGUCAAAGGGAAUAUAAUGAAUUCGCCAAUUGCUUAUGUUAUAGUACCUGGCAACCCGUCGAUACUUGAGUUGUAUGAAGACUUUGCGAAUCAGAUGAUUAAACGAUAUCCAAGUCCUGUUAUUAUAUCGUCAUUACAGAAGACGGCGGGAUAUACAAUUACAUUAUCAGAAACUGUCGAAUUGAAGAAACGCUUUUUCGAGGACUUAUUUGCGACAUAUCCCAACACGAAGUUCAUAAUUUUUGCGCACUCCAUUGGGAAUUACAUCUCACUCAACGCAUUGAAACAACUUCCAUCUUCUCUGUGUAAAGAGAAAAUUAUUGGAUUCUACUCCCUUUUCCCAGCACUCAAAAAUAUGUACCCCACAUUCACUACAUUAUAUCGAGUUCUGACGUGGUCCUAUCUCUUCAUUUACUUGUUGGCUUGUUUGACACAUUUGAUGAAAGUUGUUCCUCUUUCUGUCGUUAUGUUUGUGUUUAAUAUCUUCUCUGAUGUUCCACAUCAAUACAUCAAAGCUAUUAAAGAUGGAUUAACUCCAGAAAUCACUGGACAAAUGUUAUCACUCUGCAAAGAGGAAGGUGUACACAUCAAAGAGUAUCAACAAGACUUCAUCGACUUUAUUCAAAGUAUGAAGGACCAAAUGCACUUCGUCUAUGGAAAACAUGACGUGUAUGGCGAUGAAACUGUCGCAAAUGAAAUGAUGACAAUCUGCCAGGACGCAUCAUUCGUCGUGACUAAUACUUUACACGCUUUUGUCCUUGGAUAUGUCGAAGAUAUAGUCGAUAUCGUUGCUCCACUCGUUAGAAACAAUUUCAGACAACUUAAAUUGAUUGAGGAAUAA